AUGGUGACAGCUGCUUGCUGAGUGAUUUGGUCCUUUUCUUUUACUGUCAGUCGUGUUUGAUCUUUUAUAAUUGUCUAACUCGUUUUAAAGCUAAUAGUGAUUCCUGACCAAGUUUCAUGAAGAGUGAAAAGUGUGACUUAAUUUCAAUUUAGCCCUGUAAAAAAUGGAGGAGAACAAUGCACAGAGACCCCUUUUGUUUAUGCUAACCUACUUGCUAAUGAAGCGUCGAAGAGAUCUUAACAGUGUGGAUGUUGAGAGACGGAAUGAAAUCCAGAGACGAUCAAGGCUCAGGCAAUAUUUUUUACAGAAGCAGAAGAGGACCCUGAUGAUGCUCCUCACUCAGAGCAGUCAGAGUUGUUCCUGUCCAAUCCCUACACGUGUCUGGAGCAACACUGAGAGCACCGACUGGUGGGAACGUGUGGUCAUGCGUGAGUUCCAGCCUGCAGAUUGGUUGGAGAAGUUCCGUAUGAGCAAGGAAACAUUUUUCUUCGUGUGCGGGAAGCUGAAAGUGCGGUUGACCCGGCAGGACACCCGCCUGCGGCCUGCGUUGCCCCUGGAGAAGCGCGUUGCCGUGGCUCUUUGGCGCCUGGCCACCAAUGUCGAGUACCGCACCAUCAGUGAGCUGUUUGGGGUGGGCCGCUCCACGGUCUGCAAGUGUGUCAGGGAGGUCUGUCACGCCAUCGUGGUGCUGCUCAAGCCUCUGUACCUGUGCACGCCCAGUGAGCAGGAGCUGGAGGACGCCGCAAAGCUCUUCCAGACGCGCUGGGGCUUUCCGCACUGCGUGGGGGUCCUGGGGAGCCUCCACGUGCCCAUCAUCGCGCCCUCCAGCAACACGGACAGCUACUGGAACUCGCAGGGCUGGCUGUCUGUGGUCAUGCAAGCUGCCGUCAACGGCCUCGGGCACUUCUGGGACGUCUGCGCGGGCUUUCCUGGCGGCACGGAGCACGUGGCCAUCCUGCAGAACUCCACCCUCUGGGCGCAGGCCUGCGAAGGUGGUCUUGCGCCGAGCCCUCCCAGGAGCUUCAUGGGACGGCCCCUCGGGUACCUGAUGCUGGGGGACGCUGGGUACCCCUUGCGGAGCUGGUUGCUCAAAUGCUACCCUGAGCGCCCGCAGAUCACUGCCAGCCAGCAGACAUUCAACCGGAGGCUCCUGCGUGCGCACAGCGUCCUCGAUGUGGCACUGUUGCGCUUGCGGGCGCGCUGGCAGUGCCUCCACAAGCGCAAUGACUGCGGGCUGGAUGUCGUGCCCACCAUGGUGCUGGCCUGUUGCAUCCUGCACAACAUCUGCGAGGUGCACGGGGACACGUUUGUGGAGGAUUGGGUAGAUGUGGUGAGGCAUGGGGAGUGUCCUCAGCCCGCAGACACACUGUCCCCCUCAGUCGGGGAGGAUGAAGUAGAGGAGGUGCGGGGACUCUACUGUGAGUACUUUCAGCAGCAGGAGCAAGAACAUUCUCAGCCAAACUAAGGAUUCCAUUUGAGAGAUCAAAAUGCAGCAGCAGGCCAGUCCAUUAUAACAGAGCUUGAAGGGACAAAUAUGUCCCAGUAUUUCAGUUGAAGGCAUAUGAUCACACUCAGUUUCACCAAGUGCAACUGUAUUUUUUUCGCUCCAUUGACAUUGCUUGUGCCUUGAACUGUAAGCCUAUGCUUAGCACAAGUGAUUGUCUGCUCUGUUUCUAUGUGUGGAUAGCAAAAAUGAGAGGGAAGGGGGCAGCUGGCUACUGAGAAAAAAAUCAGUACAUCAACCCAAUUAAAAGUAAAAUAUAAAAUGUGGUGCCCUUACCUCUGGUUGGGACAGUUCCUGGUGUCCUGCUUCAAAUGUUCUUGUUUGGAAUCUGUUCUUUCCAGGUCCUGUGUAGCUUGAAAGACAGAGCGUUGCCAAAACAGUCAACAGUUUUUGGGAAAAGUUUGUUGCAUUUAGCUAGCAUUCAAUAUGUCCAUGUGGUGUACCAGGGUUUGGUGAGGGCAUGCAAACCCAGUUAGUUUGCAAUUUAAAAGUAAUCUUUAUUUAAAAUUGGUUAAAAAAAAAAAAGGAAGCUAUUUCACUUAUUUAGAAUGUCAAAAGUCAAAUCACAAUAAAUUAGAGUAAAGCUAUCGUAUUGUUUCUCAAAAUUAUGACGUUUCGGGUUGAGACCCUGCUUCAGAGGAGGAAAGUCUGGGUGGUGUGUAGUGGUUAAGGACCUAUAGGCUAGCGUGCUGCCUGAAAUAUGUUGGUUCCAUUCCUGGCUACCACCGUACUGCAAGGCAUUUAACCCCAAGUUGCUCCGGGGACAAUGUAAUGACAAUGAAACCCCUUGUAAUAUAGUUGACAUAACGUAAGUCACUUUGGAUGAAAAAAGUGUCAGCUAAAUGUAAUGUAAUGCUCUGUGCACUCCAACAAACUUGCUGUGAACCCUUCAUAAAUGAUAGGGUACUAUGCUCUGUGUAAGCAUAUUGUUUGAUAUUAGGAGUUAGGAAUCAAGAACUGAUUCUACAUUUUUCAAUUCGCAAUUGUAUUUGUCCAACAUUAUCAAUGAUCAUUAUCAUGAUCAAUUUCUGCCAUCAAUUCCGGCAAACUUUUCAGACAGUUGCACUGUGAAUUGCAAGAUGUGCUGUGGUGUAAAAAAACACUGUCUCUGUGACACUGGGAACUUCUACGAAGGAGUAAUGGCACAGCAGAGACAGCAUUGUUGACAAGUUUGAUGGCAAUAGCAGAUAUCAUGUUGUUCCCAAAAGCACACGUUAAUCUAACUAAUAUGCUAGCUAAGAGCUAGCUGAUAAACAACAAAAAACAAUCAAAAUAUAAUACAGUGUCAGAAAAGUAAAAUGUUCUUUUUACAUCAUCUUUUGUUUGUCAAUAUGUAAAGGCUAUGAUAUAGGCCUAGUGGUUCCUCUAUGUGUGUUUGUUUGUUGUUAACAUUGGAUCAUGCACAUUCACAUCCAGUCAAGUGGAUUUGUGUGCUUGCAGAAGGCUUGUGUGGAGGAGGGAUGUAAAGAGAGAUUACACAUCUGGAGCAGCAGAGCAUUACGCCCCCUGUAAUCAUGUGCAUUGUGACUUUUGACAUGUCCGUCAUCAUGAUUGUGGCUGUUCUUGCCCUGGUCUCCCUCAGUUCGCUCAGUCCGGAGGACAACAAACAGCCCCCGUUCGUCCCACCUGUCAUGUGGUCAGCUGCCAGCGGCACCUGUAAGGGCAGCAUUUUCUAAAGGGUGGUUUUGAUCAGUUUCUUAUUGUUUGCUGCAUUGUCCUCUAUUCUGGGACACUCUGCGAUUAAGUGUUUUCCUUCAGAGAAGCUCCACCAGUGAUUUGUUGGUAAGUAGCAUAAUGCUGUUUUUACUAUGAUUGUUUUACUAUUAUGUCUUCAGUGAGAUUCAUCUGUCUUUUGGCAAA